UUAGUGGCCAUUCGAUCUCGGUAGCUUAGCUUGAAAGCAUGCGAUUACUGUUCGGGAUAAUUGCUUUGGUUAGUCUGACCGGACGGGGCUUCCACUGCUCCGACGUUGUGGACAAGUUGGAACGGAUUCCGUACGAGUUUGCAACCUUCCUGGGUGCUUUUCAAUCCAGCAACCACUCCGCGGACCUUAGUUACUGGAAGGAUCAGAAUUGCGUCUACGAUUUGAGCAAGUUCGGUGUGGGACUUCAGAAAGAUCAACAAUGGGCGUUAAAAGUCUACGACUUAUGGGGCAAAAUGCCGUCCGGACUGUCACGAGGAAAUUAUUUCACGCCGGGUGAUUUCGAGCAAUGCCGCCAAUUGGCCAUCGGUCCGUUCGGCGGCCAUCACUGCACUGUACGGUUCGGCUUCGAUUCUAUGAAACUUCCACUGGAUCCACUCUGGUUGGGCAUUUGUGUGCCCAACACAUGUAAACCGGAGCUUAUUAAAACUCUAACCGAUUAUUUCGCGCAAGAGUAUGAGUUAGAUACGGUCGAUGGCUACAAUCAGUCUGACUUCUGUUACAGAGAGAAACCGGCCCAGGAGCUUGACGGAGUCGCUAUCAGUGCAAUCGUUGUACUAAGUUGCAUUGGUGCGGCUAUUGUUAUGUGUACAUUAAUUGAGGUUCUAGGUAUGUUGCUUAAGAUACCAAUUCCUCAAUACUUGAAGGAUGUUUCACUGUACACUGGUUUGGCAACGCUGUUCAAAACUGAGCCAAAAGCCGAAAAGAAGACGGACACAUUAGAUUGCGUCCACGGACUUCGUUCGUUCCUGAUGAUCCAGAUCAUAGUUCAUCAUGUGCAUCAUGCUCUAAGAACCAUUCCGGUUACCGACAACGUCAUCCGGCAGGACUACUUUGACAGUGCGGGUGGAGUUAUUACUUAUCGUGUGUCAGCUUUAUCGGCGGAUAUAUUCCUGGUCAUAAGUGCGAUGUUGAUGACGUACGGCAUCAUGAAGGAGCUGACGUUGAACUCUGGCAAGUUCAAUGUUUGGCUACUUUGGCUACACCGUAUCGUACGAAUCUUGCCGGCCUAUGCAAUGCUGAUAUACUUCUGGGUCGCUUUCGGUGAGCAUUUAGGGGAAGGGCCACUCUAUCGGCAUGUGGUGCAGCCGACUGUCGACGCCUGCACGGAAAACUGGUGGACUGCGAUACUGUUCGUGCAGAAUUAUGUUAACCCGGAGCAGAUGUGCAUCCCCCACACGUGGUAUCUGUCGAUCGACAUGCAGCUGUACAUCGUGACCCCGCUGCUGGUGUACGCGCUGUGGAAGCUGGGAGUUCAAUUCGCGCCGGCUUUGGCUCUGCUGAUGAUGGCGUCCAUGGUGUGUGUAUUCGCGACCUUCAGUUCGAACGAUUUUUGGUUGAACCCCGAGAUGACACCCGACCGGGAGGCCCACCGGCUGCGGUCCACUUAUUACGCGACGCACGCCCGAAUGUCGGUAUGGUUUUUCGGUAUCGCCUUCGGUUACUUCCUGUUCCGGACAAGGGAGAAGCAGGUUAAAUGGUCACCGGUGGUGUUGACUUCGGUGUCGAUCUUUGCGACCGCACUGGCCGGGGUCAUUAUGUUUUGUGCUACUGAAGUCUACAAACCCCCCGUGGUGUCGGAGCUGGGGGAUGCCUUCUACGAGUCGCUGCACCGCGUUGCCUGGGUCGGUUGUCAUAUGUGGCUUAUCUUUAUGUGCGUCAAUGGCUAUGGCAGUGUGCUGGACAGUUUCCUAAGCUGGACAAUGUGGCAGCCGAUUGCUCGCCUCUCCUAUUGUAUGUAUCUGAUUCACUAUCUGGUCGUGGUGGUCACCUUGGGUGGAUAUAUCCAACAGCCGUUGUUCUUUACUGGUGUCAAUGUGCAAUUUAUGUCGCUCGGAGUUUUUGGAAUUACGGCGGUGGCGGCACUCAUUUGGACGCUCUUCAUUGAACGGCCAGUUUUAGCUAUAGAGAAAAAUAUUCGACUAUGGGUUGGCAAAUCACAGCAAUAAAGUACUGAGAGCAGGUUAACUUUUUGUUUUAU